CAUUUUUGUCUGGCUUACCCAAGAUUAGCACAAAUUUCGACAUGAUUAUGAAUGGUUGGAAUAUGACUACUUCUGUAGCUGUUCUCAGCCAAUAUACCAGUGUGCAGAUUAGUGCCCAGAGCAUCGAUUGCGAUGAGAUUUACAAGAGCUGCUCAAAACAUGCGAAAACUGUUCCUCAAAUAGAUGAACGAGAAAAUAAUAUCUGCCCGAAAGAAGUGGAAAAACGCUGGAUCUGGCGCAAUCUCACACAAUGUGAGAUGCAACGUCUGUACUGUCAAAAUCCUGGAAGGCAGUUUACUUGUGAUGCUAUAGCCGAGAUGGCUAAUAUGAAACGCAGGCGUUUGACUCGUUGCAUCACUUGCGAGCCCCCUCGCUCCACUCGACGCACCACACGGCGAACUACUCGCCGCACAACUCGUCGCCCCACUCGCCGAACAACUCGCCGCACAACUCGUCGAACUACUCGACGCCCCACUCGCCGCACCACACGGCGCACCACACGGCGCACCACUCGUCGCACCACUCGCCAUACAACUCGUCGAACUACCCGUCGCACUACUCUUCGACCCUCUACUAGACCUACCACUACCACCUCUACAACACAAAGGACCACUACACGUCAAGCCACUCGCAGAACUCCGCCGCGUAUAACAACACGUAGAUCCACCCGCAAGCCAUCUAUUCCUUAA